AUGAUGCAACCUAUUUGGUUCAGCGUUCUGCUUUGUAUUGUUUUGGCUGAGAAUGGAACUAUCUCUCCGCUAAAUCUCGACAUCGAUGACAUUACAUGGGAUGACUGUAGCAAUGGGUACUUCUCAACUAGUUUCAACAUCCUUGAUAAUAGCAAUUUGGAGUCGAUCCUAGAUUCAAGCAUUGAUGCUCAUAAAAGGGAAUCAGAAAAUACUGGUAGAGAAUUACCAGGAACAUCUGCUAGGAAUUUGGAGAUUAGCAUUUCAUCUGAUUUUUCGCACUUCGAUUUCACUGAUUUGUGGAAAAGUGAGCAUAGAAGCAAUGAGGAUUCGAAAAUCGAAACCGUUCCAAUCACAACAGGAAAUUACCAGUUGCAAGAAUUAUCGAGAACAGAUGGCGAGAAUAUGCAUAGCAUUUCGCCCGACUCUUUGCAGUUCAUAGAUAAGAAAAAUUAUGAGUGUCCCCAUGUCGGAUGUACAAUGAAAACAAAGAAUCGCAAGGAAUACAUAACUCAUAAGAAAACGCAUCCCAAACCUUUUAUUUAUGAAUGCAAAAUGUUCGGUUGCGGACGAACAUUCGAUAAUGCAGCAUCAUUGUGCACACACAUGCAAAGACACCGACCUAAACUUCAGUGCAGAGACUGUGGCAAAUUCUUUACUUAUAUGAAUAAUUUGUACACUCACAGGAAGAGUUGCGCGAAAGUUCCACAUAAGAAAAAUUAUGAGUGUCCCCAUGUCGGAUGUACUAUGGAAACGGAGAAUUAUAGUGAAUACAUAGCUCACAGAAGAACGCAUCCCAAACCUUUUAUUUAUGAAUGCAGAGUGCCCGGUUGUGGACGAACAUUCAGUAAUCCAUCAACAUUAGUCAAUCACCAGGAAAUACACGGGCCUAGAUCUCAUUGCGGAAACUGUGGCAAAAUUUUCAACUAUAGGAAGAAUCUGAGCCCUCACAGGCAGUGCUGCACGAAAGCUUCAUGUUAG